ACUCCAAUACACUUAAACGGGCUAGCGUGCGUGCCACACCACUUAACCUCUACCAACCACUCAACCACCUCCAGCAUCCGCCGCAACGCGGGCGAAUUCAAGCAGUCGUCGAUAUUUCGUCAGUUUUGUGCUAUUGCCAUCGUGUAGGAUUGCAUUAGUUAAGUCGGUACCCCUUUUUCCGCUGUCGAAAACAACGCUGUGGUGAGUUAGCAUCAUAUUUCCGCUACCGCUUAUCCGUUUGACCCUGUGCGGUAUUUUUAAACAAGUAGACCUGCACAGUCAGCGUUCUUAACAUUAAUCGCAGCCCUUGGUUUGUGUGGAAUCUGCUAGUCGCGUUUCAAUUGUCGAAUAACCUUAUUCGAGCGCGCGUAUUUCGGCUCUCAGCUACUGUCGUUUCACUCGAACGUGUUGCUGUUUGGAUAAACAGGAACGCCACAACCCUUUGCCGACGCGUUUUCUUGUGGCUGGUUUAGUACUUGGUCCCGUUCGUCUCGUCGCCAGUCGUUUAUUUGUCUCGUCUGUGUGUCCGGUUCGCUUGGUUUCCUCCAGUUCACGCUUCUUCUCUCCCCUUUUUACACCGACAAUUGUCUCUUGCCGCUGCCUAACGCUCACGUAGUCUGCUCGGUUACCGACUGUGUUCACUAAAACUGAAACUUCUGGGUCUCCUGGUUCAUUGUCACGAUGCCUUCGAUAGCAUUGCCCAUAUCAAAACCUUCUCACCACUCGGUGAGCUUUCUAAACGCUUCCUCCGGUUCGUCUAAUACUGGUGCUGGCGCUGGUGCGUCGGGAACGGGGAACGGAGCGAGUUUAGGCCUGGCCGGCUCUCUGAACAGCAAUCUGGCUGCUUCUUUUGGUCUGAGUCCUCAGUCAUGGGGCAACAGUUUUUCUGGCCAAGCAUGGCUGAAGGAUGCGCUGCCUAGCAUCUCGGCUAUCGACCGUUCGUUCGAGGAAGACUCCUCGUCGUACCUUAACCGACUCGAAGAGGCUUUCUGCCGCGAUUUCAACUGCUGCGGAAAAAACCUCGGUGACCUGCACGAACUUAUCCAUCACUAUGAGGAACAGCAUGCUGUCCUUUCCUCCGAACCCUCUUCUUCCUCAGACGCAUCCUCCCCAUCUGUAGAAAACUCUAGCAUUGCUUUGAAUUCCAGUCACGAUGAUGUGCCUGCACUGAGGAAACUUGACAGGAUUUGCAUGCACAAUUUAGAAGGUAACAUGAGCAUGGAUACCUCUGAAAACUCGGCUGUCAUGCCCUUUGUGUUUCCCACCAAUGAUGCCUCUAACAAUGCAUACCGUGUGUCGGUCGUCGUGCCGGCUUCUGCGGCUGCAGCAGUGAAUGCGUCGUCCGCCGAGAUGAAUGACCUUGGCAUGCCUGGCAUCGAUCCGUCGAAUCUCUCCGAUGGUUUAACGAUCGACACUGCUCCCCCGAUGGGAGACAUGAAUCUUGCCGUGGACAUGAGUGGCCCGAAUUCCCCGUUCCAUGGCAAGCGCGACAUGUCUACUUUUCUGCCUCCUUUCCCCGCCGACCAAGACAUCUUCAGUUUCCCUAGUCCCGCUCCCGACAUGCGCACUCAGUCUGCAUCAACACGCGAGUCUUCGAUGGAGAGGUCUCCGUCUGUUGCAUCCCAAACUUCCAUUCCUCCCGCAUAUCACAACGAACCCGCCGUGCGUCCGUUGGAGGUCAAGGAUCGGGCGUAUACGAAGAAGCUUCGUCAUUCAUCGCAUGUUCCGAUGACUAUUGAUUCGCCUGGCUCCAAUCUUGUCGUCGUCGACAAGCCCUACAAAUGUCCUGUUGAGGGCUGUGACAAGGCGUACAAGAAUCAAAACGGUCUGAAAUACCAUAAGCUUCACGGCCAUUGCUCUCCCAUCACCACUCCCACUCCUACUCCCGUUCCCAUGCAAGGUUUUGUCGUCGAAAACAAGCCGUAUCGGUGCGAGCUUUGCAACAAGCGGUACAAAAACUUGAACGGUCUUAAAUACCAUCGUUCACACAGUCAUCUCCAAGUGUCCGUUGCACAAACUCAACGGGAUGUUCAGAUGAACUAUAUGCGUCAAGACAGGGGACAGGAUCGUCUUUCAUAAUAAUGCUUUCUAGGACUUUGGAUGUUUCUUUUUUCUUCUUUCCGUUUUUCUUUUUUGAAUGGUUUCUGUUGUUGUUAUAUCCCUCAUAAUACUGGUUUGCUUUUUUCAACUAUUUACUGGCUCUGUUUUUACAUGUUGAACAUGUGAUGUUCAUGCAAACUUUCGUUUUGUUUUUCUUCUUCCUUGCUGCGUUGUGUCGACUUUAUAGCGGCAACAAGACAUGAGGCGCUCGCUCAGAUUCCCCGUCCGGUAUACACACACACACACACACACACAAAAGAUAACACCAUUGGCGGUUUUCCAGCUCAUAUAGUUGGUGUCGACCGGAAGCGCUUGUGCGACUCGGUCGUCUUUUAGUGCUUACACACUGCUGCUGUCUUUCAUAUUUAUGUUGCCGGAAUUUUAUCAAGUUGAGUCAACCUCUACUAGCAGUUUGGUGUCUUCUUAUCGUGGCUUUUCCUAUAGCCGAUAAUAAAUCAAUUAAUUGUACACUAGCUAAAGAUGUGCUCUUACAUCUUUCUGGUCUAUUGCUCUCUGUAGCGAAGUUGAUUGCCUGCUGCCUUGGUGAUGGGUUCUCUGGUUGCUGCGUGCAACCUGAUCUUUUUGCUUCGAGCUGUGUUGAUCUGCUGGAUGAGGAAGCCCUUUCUCAGUCUCUUUUUCUCUUAAAAGGUUCUGCCCAUAUCUUGUUGUUUUGUUAAUACUGGUAGUUUCGGUUGGAUAAUGUAUACCGAAGCUGCCUUCAACGCUGCAGUCGAUUCUAUUCCCGCAACCAUUCUUUGGGAGGCUACAUCCUUACCUUGUUUUUUCUCUUGGAUUUUUGUUUUUAUUUCCUUUUCUUUUCUUUUUCCUUUUGGUUUGGUCUAAAUUCGUUUUUUGGGUAUCGCAAAUACAUUCUUGAUUUUAACAAAUAGCUGACGGAAGGCAUGUUCGUUGUGUAUGUUUUGUAGGCGAGAUUUGUUAGUAGUAUUCGUUAAUACUUGUCAUGUAAGUAAAUGACCUGUCCCCGUUGUAGCAUCUCCCAAGUUUUCUUGUCGCUUGGGUAUGCAAUAAAUGAAUGAAGAAUGUGAAAAUGAAUAUCGAAAAACUUUUGUACUGAUAAAAUAACACAUACAUACAUCACUCUCUCUUUCACUUAAUUUGUUAUCGUAUUCACAAAACUAAUUAACGUCCUUUCCUUCCCCCCAAAAAAAAACAACCGGCUUUACAAAAAUCACGAGUGCAUCUAUCCUUCCGCCUCAUCCAUACUGUUGCUCUUGUGCUUCGGUGUAAACGUAAAUCGAGGGGGAGUUGGUCCAAGAAAACGUUCACUCAACGAAAUCCAGUCGGCAACGUUCGGGCUAGCUAACAUGGCCUCCAUGUCAUCUCUGGCCUUAUAUGCAGGAGCACGCUCGUUCAAUUUAGGAUUGACACCCUCCUCGUACAUGGCAACAGGGGUAUAACGAUGGAAGAAACUCAUAAACUCGAGGAAGAAUCGACGAGUUGUAUUCAAACCACGUUCAUCGGCACCCCAAUAAGAUAAACCAUGAUUGCAGAACUCUUGCAACAUUUCCAAUCUCUGUGUAGAUGACUUAUCGAUUGAUUGACGAGCUUCAAUUUCUUCGAAUAUCCAUGGUUUUACGAGUGCACCUCUAGCGAUCAUAACAGUGUCGACACCGGUUUCCAUUCCAUCAUACCAAUCCUUGUAUGUAAAACAGUCGCCAUUUCCGAUGACAGCCAUGCGUUGGUUUCGCAUGGGAAAUGCGUCCGGUUUCUCUUCCAGUGCCUCAUUCAACGUACGAAUUUCAGUGGCACAUUGGCGGACAUAAUCCCAGUCGGCCAACUUUGAGUAACGCUGUUGGCGUGAACGACCGUGCAGGGUUACGGCAGAAACAUUGGUCUCGUGGAAGAUACGUGUCAUCAACCGUUUAGCGAUGGGAUGGUCAUCCCGACAUCCCAUACGAAGCUUCACCGUGGUAGGCAAAGAACCGGAAAUGGUAUCAAUGCCCUGUAACGAGCGGAUUAGUCUUGUGUGGUUAUCAAGCAGAGCGGAACCAGCACCUUGGCGGUACACGAGGUCAAUGGGGCAUCCACAAUUCAAAUCCAAAAAGUCAAGACCAUCACAGUACUCGGACAAAACUUGAGCGGUUUUCACACCUUGCCACAGCUUUCCACAAGCCAGUUGAAUGCCAAAAAUGCCACGUCUGCCCGUUUUCAUGGUUUGACGUUCACUUUCGACACCGCGAACGAGUGCCCAUUCUGGCUGGUGACCCUGCAUAAGAGGAUAGCAAAGCGCCAUUUCCGAAUAAAAUGUAUCAGCACCAAAACUAGCACAAAGUUGACGGAAAGCUGGGUUACCAACCGUAGUGAGAGGUGCAAGCACCAUACGAUUGCGCCAGUCAAUUACUUUUUUUUCUUGUGGGCGAAGAGUAGGCAAUUCCAAAAAUGCUCUACCUUCAAAAGAAGUGUCGGUAGCAGGUUGCGCAGUGGGAGGUUCGGUAGCAGUGGGAGCAGCUUGCUCUGUGCUACUAGCAGCCUUCUGUUCUCCCGAUGUGACAGCUUCACUCACAGAGGUAACGGCCUCUUCGCCUGAUGCCGCUACACCUUUCUCUUCGAUUUCUUUCUUUUUCUCCUUCUUUGCUGCUUGUCGUUCACUAUUACGGUCGGAUUGUUUCGAGUCAUCCUUGUUCAUAGGACCGAGAACGAGAGCAAUGACUUCCUCGCUUUUCGAGAGGUCAAGCUGUUUGGUACGUAGUUUUUUUUGAACCUCUUUGUUCAUGGAAUUUGUGACCUUCGUUGGUGCCUUGGCAUCUGGUCGAGUUACAAGGACAUGGUUGCCGUCUUCGUCUUCGCGGACAUGUCCUGAAAGCCAUCUGCACUUGAAACCCGCAGGGCACCGUCCGUAUUUAUCAAACAGCGUACAGACCUUGCCGAUGUCAGGCUUCUUCUGAGCCAAAUAAGCUUCGACAUCAUGAGGAAACCGGCAUUCCGCGCCGUACGGACAUUCUUCUCCUAAAGAAAUACGAGGACACAGUGCAUUGUCUUCUCGAACAAUGACUUUGUUUCUCCGUUUAUUCUGGCCACGUUCUUUCCGUUUUCUUUUUUCACCUGUAGCACCUUGGGCAGGUUCUGCAAGAAAUCUUCCAUGAUGAGUAAUUUGUUCCAAAAUCUAGCACGUACAUACUCUUUUUUAAUAGCGGCAACGCCGUUUUCAGCCAUCCCUGCAGCUUAUGAAAGAAUCCGGUGAAACAAGGUGUUUGGUAAAGGACAGGUCCGUUAGACUCCAGAAAGCGACAAGGUGCAAACCAUCAAUUCAUUGAAUUUCACCUUUUAUCAAUAAGAAUUAAGAAUCAGUAAUUCUCGGUGCGGUAUCGGGAUUAACAAGAACACAAAUUCGUUGAAAACGGGCAGAAUAUGGAGAAUUUAAGUUUGAGGAAUCAUCAUCAAGAGAGUCACACUUUUUGAAAAUUUAACAGUGUUAUAAAGAUAUACAGCGUAUUUUUAAUCGUAUUCUACGUGCAUCCAUCCUAUUUCCUUGUCGAAUUUCUCAUUUUCUGUGAUUUUUGCUACCACCUGUUUAAGCAGUUUGCCCAGUGCACCGU